AUGCCGGUACAAGUUUCGCUGCAAUGCACAGUAGUGGGUAUUAGUGCGCAUAUCCAUGCGAGUAACCCAUUAUUGUUUCGCAUCAUUCCUAUCAAAUUGUACGGCAACAAGCAAAACGUGACUGUUCUGGCAUUUUUGGACGAAGGAGCAUCCGUCACUUUAAUGGAAGCCAAAUUAGCGGAUCGUCUUGGUAUUGUAGGAACUGAAGAGAAGCUUACACUCAAAUGGACCGCCGACUAUUCUCGUACGGAAAAAUUUUCACGGAAAAUGAACGUGUGGGCAUCGCCAGCAACCAUGGGUGAUAAAAUGUUACUGAGAACAGUUCGCACGGUGGGUAAACUAAGGUUGCCUCACCAAAAAAUGAAUGCUAUAGAACUUAAGGCGCGCUAUACAUACAUGCUUGAGUUGCCGAUUCAUUCGUACGAAGGUCAACCGGAAAUUCUGAUCGGUCUCAACAAUGUCCACGCUUUUGCGCCGGUUGAGGUGAAAGUAGGUACCAUCGCUGAUCCAAUAGCUGUACGCUUCAAACUUGGGUGGACUGUGUAUGGCCCGAAAAUUCCUAACACAGAAAUAAACGAGGGAUACAUAUGUACGCAUGACACAGUGAGUAAUGAGGAUUUACACGACUUGUUGAAAAGACAUUACACGUUGGAGGAAUCGAUGGUGACAACGACACCGGAAUCAGAAGCAGAUAAAAGAGCAGUGGCUAUUAUGGAGCGAACUACGAAGCGCAUUGGGGAGCGAUUCCAGACCGGUUUACUCUGGAAAACCGAUGAUCCACGAUUUCCAGAAAACAUAGAGAUGGCGUUACACAGAAAUUUACAGUUGGAAAAAAGGUUAAUGAAAAAUCCGCAAUUACACAGUAUUGUACAAAGGCAAAUCGAAGAGUAUGUUCAUAAAGGGUACGCCCACGUGGCAACAAAAGAGGAACUGGAAAAUACAGAGCCUGGUAAAGCGUUGUACCUGCCAAUAAGUGUCGUUUUAGAUCCGAAGAAGCCUGGCAAGGUGCGAAUCGUGUGGGAUGCUGCUGCAUCAUUGCAGGGGAUUUCGCUUAACAGUCAAUUGUUGAAAGGACCGGAUUUACUCAUUCCUUUAAUAGCAGUUAUUACUGUUUUCCGCGAGCGGAGAAUUGCGUUUGGGGGUGAUUUGAGAGAAAUGUUUCACCAAUUAAAGAUCAUCAAGGAAGAUCGUCAAGCUCAACGUUUUCUGUUCCGAUUCUCUCCUAAAGAAGAUCCGAAAGUUUAUGUAAUGGACGUCGCUAUAUUUGGGUCCACGUGUUCGCCAAGCUCCGCCCAGUUCGUAAAAAACCGAAACGCAGAAGAACAUGCUAGUCGGUACCCCGAAGCCGCAGACGCCAUAAUCAAUAGGCAUUACGUCGAUGAUUAUUUCGACAGUGUCGAUACGAUUCAAGAGGCGGUGACAAAAGCGAAACAGGUGAAGCUGAUCCACAAGAACGGAGGCUUUGAUAUCCGUCAUUGGGUUUCCAAUGCCCCGGAUGUACUGUCAAGUUUAGGUGAAGAAAAGCCUAUAACAGCCAUUCAUUUCAACCGCGACAAGGAGACGUUGAAAGAGCGCGUAUUGCGAAUAGUUUGGAACCCGAUUCUAGAUGAGUUUUCGUUUUCCACGAAGCAACGAGAAGAACUCAAUCAAUAUCUACAUGAAGGUAAGAAACCUACAAAAAGAAUUGCGUUAAGCUGCGUUAUGGGUUUCUUUGAUCCUCUCGGGCUUUUAUCGUUGUUCACAAUCCAUGGGAAAAUUGUUCUGCAGCAUCUGUGGCGAAAAGGUUGCAAUUGGGAUACAGUCGUAGACGAAGAAGGCUGGAGACUUUGGAGACGUUGGGUUGGUUUGUUGCCUGAUAUCGAAGCCAUCCGAAUUCCCCGUUGUUUUAUUGGAAAUGCAUUAUCUACAGAGAUCGAAUCAUUAGACAUCCAUGUUUUUACAGAUUCCAGCGAACAUGCCUACGGGUGUGUAGCCUUUUUGAGAGCACUAAUUAACGGAAAGGUUCACUGUAGCCUGAUCAUGUCCCGGGCGAAGGUAGCUCCACUCAAACGGCAAUCAAUUCCACGGCUUGAGCUUAUGGCAGCUUUACUCGGUGCCCGGAUAUCCCAAACAAUCCUUAGAAUGCUUACUCUGAGGGUUUCUCGUUGUAUCCUAUGGACUGAUUCUCGCACGGUUUGUUCUUGGCUCAAAUCGGAUACGUAUAAGUAUAAGCAAUUUAUAGCAUUGAGAAUUGGGGAAAUUUUGGAAUUGACUCGCGUGUCGGACUGGCGCUGGGUACCAACACGACUAAACAUAGCGGACGUUUUAACCAAAUGGGGUCGUGGUCCUCCAUUACAAAGUGAUAGUGAGUGGUUUCGAGGUCCAGCCUUCUUGUUUUCCCCCGAGCAUCUUUGGCCGUCCUCGUCGAUUUCGUUUGGGGAAACUGACGAAGAUAUCAGAGGAAUCGUUUUAUUCCACGAGAUCAUAGCAGUCGAAACGAUUUCAAAAUGGAGCAGACUAUUAAGAGUGACAGCUACAGUGUUACGAUUCCUAGAAAACUGCAAGCGUCGUCGUCAAGGGCUGCCGAUACUUUCUUUCUCGGCAACAACGAAGCUACUGCAUAUAAUCAAGACCAGCUACCCCGCUGUACAACAUCCGUUACAACAAAGUGAAUUGUCGAAAGCGGAAAAGGUUUUAUGGAAACAGGCACAGUGGGACAGUUUUCCAGACGAGAUGAGCGUACUGUCCCAUAAUCUACAGUUAGCCUCUGAUCAGAAGGCAGAUAGGAUUUCUAAAACGAGUGGUAUUUAUAAAUACUCCCCGACACUCGACGAGGAUGGUGUGCUUCGUGUAGACGGAAGAUUGACCUACGCUGAAAAUUUAUCCUUCAAUCAAAAAUAUCCAGUUAUUCUGAGCCGUUUCCAUUCCAUCACUAAGAAAAUCAUACAAUAUUAUCAUGAACAGUUCGGACACGCGAAUAAAGAAACGGUGUUCAACGAAAUGCGUAAGAUGUAUGAGAUCCCAAACCUUCGUGCUGCAAUUUCUAAAGUAUCCAGCGAGUGCGUGUGGUGCAAAGUUCAUCGGUGUGUUCCUUAUUCUCCACGGAUGGCUCCGCUUCCAGUUCAACGCGUUACGCCAGGUAAACGGCCAUUCAACUCAGUCGGCGUGGACUAUUUGGGUCCCGUAGAAGUAACAGUUGGUCGCAGAAAAGAGAAAAGGUGGAUUGCCAUAUUCACUUGCUUAGUGGUACGCGCUGUUCAUCUAGAGGUAGUGCACUCUCUAUCGACGCAGUCAUGUCUUAUGGCUAUCAGCAGAUUCGCAAGUAGGUUUGGGAAACCAGCGGAGAUAUUCUCUGACAAUGCGACUUGUUUUCGAGGAGCGUGGAACGAUAUGGUAAAAGCCAAAUCUAAAAUACAUCAACAGUGUGCCGAGAGCAUAAUCAGUACGACUACCACUUGGUACUUCAAUCCACCCGAAACUCCGCACAUGGGCGGGAUUUGGGAAAGAAUGGUGCGAUCCGUAAAGGAAGCAAUGAAGGUCCUAAAUGACGGGCGCAAAAUCAAUGAUGAAAUACUUAUGACCACAAUUGCAGAAACAGCCGACAUGAUCAAUACACGUCCCCUCACGUAUAAACCACAGGACCCCGCAGGAGAAGAAGCGCUUACUCCAAACCAUUUUAUCCGAGGUACGAUAACCAGUGCGGAUCUACAAGUGGACUCAGUAAGCGCCGCGGAGGCUCUUCGAGAUACCUAUAAGCGUGCUCAAUUCUUAAGCGAUCGAAUAUGGGAACGAUGGAUUAUCGAAUAUCUUCCUACAAUCAAUAAACGUAGUAAAUGGUUGGAUGAAAAACAACAACUCAGUGUUGGAGAUCUAGUCUUCCUUGUAAAUGGUAACAAUCGAAAAUGCUGGAAGCGUGGAAAGAUUGUAGAAGUGUAUCCUGGUUUGGAUGGAAUAAUAAGGCAGGCCAGCGUGAGGACGGCCGACCGAAAAGUCUAUCGUCGAGAAGUAGUCAAAAUUGCGGUUCUGGAGAUUGACGGUAAAUCCGGAACGACAUGA